AAUAGCAGUAGCAGCAGCAGCAGCAGCAACAGCAUGGAAAUGUCAAAGCGAACGAAAACCGAACUACAAUUCGGCCAUUUCUUUUUUGCUCCCAGUGGCAUCCAGAGCGUUUUCGCGUACCCGUAACUCGAAAAUAAAUACAAAAAAACGUUAAAAUGUCGGGAGGAUUGGACAUUCUUGCCCUCAAAGAGGAUGACGUUACAAAAAUGUUAGCUGCUACGACCCAUGUCGGUUCCGACAAAGUCAACUUCCAAAUGGAACAAUACGUUUUCAAACGCCGUCCAGACGGUAUCAACAUCAUCAAUUUGGGCCGCACUUGGGAAAAAUUGUUGUUGGCUGCCCGUGCCAUCGUCGCCAUCGAACAUCCACAAGACGUCUUCGUCAUUUCAUCACGUUUGUAUGGCCAACGCGCUGUCUUGAAGUACGCCAACUACACCCAAGCAACCCCAAUUGCUGGACGUUUCACUCCUGGUGCGUUCACCAAUCAAAUUCAAAAAGCUUUCCGUGAACCACGUCUUUUGGUCGUCACCGACCCAUUGACCGAUCAUCAACCAAUCAUCGAAGCUUCAUAUGUCAACAUCCCAGUCAUUGCUUUCUGCAACACUGACAGCCCAUUGAAAUACAUCGACAUUGCAAUUCCAUGCAACACCAAAUCAACUCACUCAAUUGGUUUGAUGUGGUGGUUGCUUGCCCGUGAAGUUUUGCGCAUUCGUGGUCAAAUCUCACGCAAAGAACCAUGGAACGUCGUUGUUGACUUGUUCUUCUACCGUGAUCCAGAAGAAACCGAAAAGGAUGAAGUUGCCACGAAAGAGACACCAGCCGUCGAAGCUCCUCACGUUCCAGAGCCAGUCGAGGAACAAGCUGACUGGAUCGAAGACACACCAAAAUUGCCAAGUGUUGCUCAACCAGAAGACUGGAAUGAAGACGACACUGCUCCAGCACCAAAGGUAUCAAGCUGGGGCGGCAGCGGCGGAUUCUAAAAUAACAUUCUUACAAUUAUCCAAGGAUGAUUUGAAUUACCAAUCAUGUCUACAUAAAUGCAUUUAUGUAUUGCGUAAAAUCGCCUGAUUUUUUACAAUAAAAAUGUAAAUGCGGACAAAAAAAUUUAUUAAAAACA